AUGAGUUAUAAUCAAUCUAUUUCAACAUUGCAUCAUUCACCAUAUUCUAUUCGAAAAAAACAAAUAAAUUUUCAUCAUAAUUAUUAUAUAAUCGAACAAAAAAAUAAUUUUCAAUCUAUUGGUGAUACUCUUUUCGUUCAUGAUCUUUUCGAACAAGUCAUUGUUCAACCAUCAACAAAUAUUAAUUAUAAUGAUUAUUUUUAUAUGAUCUAUCUUUUAUUAUUAACUAUUUUUUAUAUUUAUUAUAUAAGAAUUAUUUUUCAAGAAAAAACAAAUCUACUUGAUGAUAAUGAACUAUAUCAUUAUUUUGAUAAUUAUGAACGUAAAAUACCACUUUUGUUAUGGUUUAGAAAAGGAUAUCGAUUAUGUUGA